CUGGCCAAUCAGGCCAGCUGUGACGAGGUCCACAAGAUGAGGUAUGCACGCACUCACACACACACACUGACGGGUGACAUCAUUGCGGCGGCUGAUAAUAUCACUUCCUCCUCCUGCAGGUUCAGCGACCUGUUCGCCCGGGUCGAGGAGUACGAGGAUUCCCAGACCAAGCCUCCCAAGUCCCACCGUAAGGCUCCGGCCUCCUCGCCUCGCUCCCGGAAAGGAGCGGUUCUGCCCAACAACAACGAGGAGGAGAGCGCCUCCAGCAGCGUCUCAGUCCACUCACCUCCGUCAAGUCAGCAGCUUCCACGGUACUCUCUCAGCUCCCCCUCGUGCCUCUCAGUCAGCCUGCCACCACACUCCUCCACCAACCACCUGGUCAGUUCUCCUGUGCCUCCUCGGCCCCCGGUGCCUUCCAGUUCCCUCGCCCCAGCCUUCUGGGUCCCACCUGCUCCUCGGCUCCCUUGCCUCAGACUCUUCUGCCCUACUUGCUCCUCGGUCCCCUGUGCCUGUAUUCCCCCGGCAUCCACCUCUCCCUCACCUCCACUUCCUCAACCCCUUUUUCCCUCAAAACCAACUUCACCUGAGCGUUGCUUUUGGGUCCUCUCUGUCCAACAUGCACAACACGUUCUGGAGAUACAUGGUUUUUAUACAGUACUAUUUAAUAUCAAUAACUGUUUUGUAUUUGUUUAUAUGUACACCUUAUCAAAAUCAGUAAACGCAACCUGCCAUUUGCUAAUGGUUGACUGCAUAAUGACACAUAAUUGUAUUGUAGAUAACGAAUAAUGGUUUCAUGCCAGUUCCUCCAGCAUGUGGGAGAGGUUUGCAUUCAGGGAGAGAGGCUUUCUGCCUUUCUAUUUUCCUAAACCUAGAUAACUAGUUUUGAUGCCUAAACACAACCAGGUAGUAAGGCUUUCUGGUAAGAGGCCCUGAGGGCAAACUUUUUCCAUGUGCAUGAUUUAUCAGACUCCAAUCAGUGAAGUUGAAUUAUCCCUCUUUAAUAUUGGCACAUAUCUGUAAAAGUUUUCGAAAUGUCAUAGCCUUGUGGGUGUCUAAUCUCCAGCAAAAUGAACAAAAUACCAGGCACUGCCAGAGCUCAUUUGAUGACUGCUAGAAUUAAUCUUUCAUUUUUUGUUGUAUUGAUUUUCUUUUCUGAUGACCUAUAUAAAUGUCUGUCGGCGGUAGCUGCGUCGCACAUGUCUGACUCUGCGGCUGUUGCUGUGACCCACACGGCUCUGCUGCUUUCACUGCUCUUUAUCACUCUAAUCCCUCAUUUCAACAGUUAUUUUGUGAUGUAUUCAGCGUCCACAAUGACCACAGAUAACUGAAAUGAGAGGAAUAAAUGCUAUCAUUCCCCCCUCUCAGUUUACUAUCAGCGAUAAUUGAUUAAACCCUCUUACCAAAAUUGAAAUGCGGCUGGGUUUUGGCAUUGCACGUUGAAGCCAAGUUCAGGCAAGUCAAGACCAAAGAAAACUUAAUUUUUAAAGACCUGAGAAAUUUGUAUGAGGGAGUGUGUGUGGGCAUGAGAAAAGGAGGACUUGGUUGAACAUGUCAUAAUUAUAAUGUGUGCUGUGUUUGACAGAGUGGUGUCAUAUGUUUGACAUGUGUUAAAGUUUGUGGCUCACCUGACAAGAUCAGGUUUCAACAGUCCUUUAAUCCUUUUUGUCAGUCAAAUCAGUUAAACCCCAACAUUAACCUAAUUUUAAAUGACGCUCUAAAUAAUUUGUACUUUGGCUCACAGGCACUCACUGUGCAUGAAAAUGUGCUUUGGAGGGAGGCCUGAAGGGGUGUUACUUUUUUGGUUGGAUACUUUCAUAUUCUUGCUAGUUUCUCCAACGUUGCCUUCUCCAGCUUUAAAGUUGAUGAUACAUGGAGCAACUUUUAGAGCAAUGGUGCUGGGCAAUGUUGCCGUCAAUGGUAAUGAGUAAAGAUUACUAUAAAAGGGUGCAUUUCACUCACAAAGCCAUAUGGACAUUGUUUCAGCAUGUAACUCUGUGUUAGGUUUCAUCAUUUGCCUCCAGGAAAUAACCACACCACAAAAAGUUUGUUCAGCCCCGCCAAAGUGACACUGAUCCUGUUUUCAUUCAAUCCUAAAACAGUGUUGUGACCACACCACGGUCAUGUUCACCAUAUAUACCAACCCACUGCCCUAUAAUCACAAACCAGCAACGACACUGAGGAAGUAAAAUCCAGGCUGAGAAGCAAACAAAGUCUCCUCAACUGAUCGCUCUGGAUUAAGCAUCUAAAUUUGGACCUUUAUUGUUCACUGGAUUUACAUUUGUUUUCUUAUGCGCUGUGUUGGAUUUAUUAUGAUUUUCUGUGUUUGAUGUGAGGUUGUUUGCCUCAGCUUGUUCACAAAAGGCAGAGCGGCAAGAUGGCUUUAUUCAGCUUCCUCAUCCUGACCUCCUUGUGUAUUGCGGCCGAGAGGCCCUAAGCAAAUCUGAUUGUAAAGCAUAUGCCAAAUGACCUUGACCUUCAAGCUCACAUUUCUGUAUUGGAUAAUAAAAGGGUCAUAUUA